AAGUAAGGAUCAAAACCAGAUUCGCCAUGUGGGAUCUUAGAUGGAACAAGAAGGAUCAACGUGAGAGCAAAGGGAAAGGAACAUGUUACAGCUUCUGUGUGGCCUGGUUACCAUUCAGCAGAGCUAAGCCUGGAAAUCGCAGAACUGGCUAUCGAAUCUUAGCCGUGGAGCUGACAUCUAGCAACACAAAGCCCGUGGUGCAGGAAUUCCAGCGUGUGGAGCUGUCCUGCAUCAUUAAAUCCACCACAACAUCCAAUCCCAGGAUCGAGUGGAAGAAAAUCAGAGGCGGUGAAACCUCCUAUGUAUUUUUUGAAAAUAAAAUGCAAGGAGACUUCGUAACUCGUGCAGAAAUUCUCAGCCGGACAUCACUGGUGAUCAAAAACACCACCCGCAUGGAUACUGCCACCUACCGCUGUGAAGUGGCAGCGCCCGAUGAUGCGAACAUAGUAGAUGAAAUAAACAUCCAGCUUACAGUGCAAGUGAAGCCAGUCACUCCCAGAUGCAGAGUCCCUAAAGCUGUUCCGGUGGGCAAAACAGCGACCCUUCACUGCCAUGAGAACGAAGGCUACCCAGAGUCCACGUACAGCUGGUACCACAACAGUGAACCCUUACCGACAGACUCCAAAUCUAACCCCAAAUUCCAUAAUUCCUCCUUCGUCUUGAACCCUGGAACAGGCACUUUGGUCUUCGCUGCCGUGCACAAGGGUGACACUGGCCGUUACUACUGCAUAGCGACGAACGAUGCCGGCUCCGCCAAGUGUGAGGAGCAGGAGAUGGAAAUCUAUGAUCUUAAUAUUGGUGGGAUUGUUGGUGGAGUCCUAGUGGUCGUGGUGGUUCUGGUGCUGAUAACGCUUGGUAUCUGUUGUGCCUAUAGAAGGGGUUACUUUGUGAACACCAAACAGACUGGGAAAAGCUACAAGACUCCAGCAAAACCAGAUGGUGUUAACUAUAUCCAGACAGACGACGAGGGUGACUUCAGACACAAAUCGUCAUUUGUUAUCUGAAAUGCCAAAAGGAUAUUGCAAAGCAGCCAGACCAAGUAUGGAAAUACCUCCUCCAGGAACUCAACACAAGAGCAAAAAGAUGAACAAAGUGCACUUGGAAGAGUUUAGAAACACACAAACUUGACUUUCUUUUGCCAAAGUUAACACCGCUCACUCCAAACCAGUGUUUUUCCUCCCCCAGAGAUAUCACUUGGACCACUUACAUCUCUCCUCGUACUAAGGAGGAGCUGUUACCCUUUCCAAGACUGAGCAUUCCCUUCCACAGCCAUAGCCUUCUGAGCUGCAGAUGCUCAUGGAACUGCCUUCUCCCUGUGGUGCAGAUACACAGCCAGAAUGUCCAAGCCAAACAGGGGAGAAGCUUUAGGUAAAUGGGCAUCUUGACCUGAUAGACAAAAGGUGCUGAUGAGGCAAUAGAUUCUAAAUAAGAUUUAUCCACAAAAGGGGAGAACCUUGUGCUUAGCUACAGAAUGCCUGAGCCUGGCUGGCAACCUUUACAGUUGUAACUGUACUGGGCUCUUGCCAACUUUGCAAGUGAGGGUUUGCCCUUCUUUGUAUCAUUUUAUUUUUAAAGGUCUGCUAGGCUGAGUUGACAGAACGGCUAUCACGUCAAUCCUGCAGAGCCCGACCUGAGCAUGAGCCAUGCAGGCUACUGAUCUCAUUAGCUGGCCCCUGUUGAGCAUGUAACAUUGGCCUCAAAUGUUUCAUUUUUGUGGAUUUUAGGAACCCCCGUCAGGAUUUGGUUCUGCAGGUGCAGAGCCAGAAUCUGAGUCAAACCCACAGUGGUGAGUGGAGAUACAGUACAAGCAACUGGUUUAAAUUUUGCAGCCCUUCUUCCAGCAGUGGUGAAUUCUGUUUUUUCCACAUGUACAGCUUCAAUCCAAAAGGAUUGCUUUUGUUCAGUUUUACAUAAAAUACUCACUGUAUGCAGGCAGUUUUUAACUCUAAUUUGCACAAAGCAGGCUUGCUUGUUCUGUUGCUAUUUCAACAUUUUUAAGAUUCUAAAACCGGAGGCAGAGAACCUUAGCAUUAAGAUAUCCCUUUUAUGAAAUUUAAAGCCAAAACCACUCCUGGGGGCUGAUUCCCACAAUGGUACUGAGAUGAAUUCAAGCUUUUCUGCAGACCCCAUUGAUUUUGUAGAAUUCUGCAUUCUAAAUUUUUGCAAAGAUGUAUUUUGAUUACUUCAGCAAAGGUAACAUUUCUAUUUAAAAUGUAAAUAUGUUGUUAUGCCAACAGUGUUAUUUUAAUGUAGCUAUUUUUUUAAAAAAACAAGUCCUUUUUAAACUGCAGCCAGGAGCUCAAAUACUGCUACAGCAUAGCACUGUCAGAGUCUAUCAGUAUUAUUGCAGAGUGCAGCACAAGCAACUUUACAAACUGCGGACAAAGAAGCAGCCUCUUUCUCCCAAGCUAGCGUCAACAUUUUCCUUCCCAAGAGAGGUCUUAUAGGACACAGAACAGUCACUCAGGGAUCCUUUUUGUUAGUUUAAGGCAAGAGCUAUUCAAUUUUUUAUCUCAGAUUACUAUUUUCUUGCAAAAGACCAAUGCUUAUUUGCAAGAAAUAGCCUGUGAAGGUUUUUGAAUUAAGUUCUGACCAGGUGACAGAGUGACUAAUGGUUGCUGAAGAUGAUAAAUCUCUCUGCACGUUCUCUAAAUUCAUUCUAACUCUGUGGCAGCUACACCGUCUCUUUAGAAUGUUGAGAUUGCAUAGCAAGUGGGGAAAACAGUUCUGUGAAAGAAAAGAGCUUGACACAAAAGUGCUUUCAAGAUGUUAGCUGCAACUUUUCUUCAGCUGGUAGAUGCUACCACUUUCUUGGCUUUAAGGGAUCAGUUAGAAUUCCUUGUUCUUCAGAAAAUGUACACUUACGGCAUUGGGCAAAUGUUAAAUAUGGAAUACUUAAAUGCAACACUAGAGCAGUUCUGUGCUGUGGUUGAAGAAUGGUUUUUAAUGUAGCAUAAUUUAGUGUUCUUGUAUUUCAAAUAUAAAUUAAGUUGUCUUAACUUUUGAUGCAUACAGUAUUUUGAAUACUUGACAAUUUGGACUGUCAGUGUUAUUUUUUUUGUGUUCUGUAUUAAUCUGCCUUGGACUUUUCACCACCUAUUAAGUGAUUUUGGGGCCUUGUUGGACAUGCCAUUGCUGCAUUUAUUUAAACAGUCCCACCACUUUCUCGUUUUCCUAUCAUAGAUGGAGGUAAAGAUGGGGUGUGCUCUCCUGAGGGUACUGACACCUUGCAAUUGAUUUAUGGUUACCUUUAAGAUGUGCUCUUCACCCACAACUAGGUAUUCAGGACAACAUGCAACCAGUGUACAGGUAGUCAGCAUGACAAUAGCAUACUUUAAGACACUCCUUUACCCUCCAGUUUUAUCCACUACUCCUUUUCUAAGCUGCUUAUAGAACAUUAAGAUGGGGAGAGAGGAAAAAGCUUACAGAGUAAAGCUAGCUUCUGGCACUAUGGGGAGCACUGUCUGACACUUGACCUUCUGCCGAAGGCAGGAUUUCUCAGCUUGCAGACUCUUUGCAUGGUGAAGAAUAGAGAUUUAUUUUUCAGAUCUAAAAAUGUGACAGUGGCAUCUCUACCGGGAUGAAGGGCCCUCUUUCCCCCACCCCCAAGACUUAAUUCGUCAGAUUUGAUUUACAGAACUUGCUGUAAAUAGUUUAAUCUAUAGGUUUUUACUAAUGUAUUACAUUUAACUUUGCCAAGAAUGUUUUACAUACAUAUCAAAGUAUUAAAGCAUCCUUGUGUUUUUUUUUUAAAUU